ACACGAAUUGGUGACAUUAAGCCUAAAAUACCGAAGACGAAGAAAGCGAAGAGUGUUAUGACGGCUAAAUACAAUGUUCCAAACAAAAUGAAACUGACGGUCAAAGGUGGUGCAGCAGUUGAUUCAGAUUCGAAACUAGAAGAUGUUGCUCACGUUAUUGAAGAACCUGGGGCAGUUUAUAGUGCUGUGUUAGGAAUGGUUGAUGUAGCCAAGGGAACUAACUCUUAUUAUAAAUUGCAAGCACUAGAGAAAGACACUGGAAGCGAGUGGUAUUUCUUUCGAUCCUGGGGUCGAGUUGGCACAACAAUAGGUGGCACCAAAUGUCAAAAACUUAGUUCAAGAGCUGCAGCUAUUAACAGCUUUAAAACCAUGUAUGCAGAAAAAACAAAUAAUCACUGGGACAACAGAGCAAAUUUUGAAAAAUUUCCGAACAAGUUUUAUCCACUGGAAAUCGAUUAUGGUCAAGAUGAUGAAAACAUUGAAAACUUAGAUGGUUCCAGAGCCAGUUCCAAACUUCCUAAAAAUGUUCAAGAUGUCAUUUGUGCUAUCUUUGGUAUCGACCAAAUGAAGAAAGCCAUGGUGGAAUUUGAAAUCGAUUUGAAAAAAAUGCCGCUGGGGAAACUUUCUAGGAGACAGAUUGAAACAGCUUAUUCUGUGUUGACAGAACUAAAUACGCUCAUUGAAACAAAAGGUUCACAAAACAAAUUCUUGGAUGCAUCAAAUCGAUUUUACACCCUCAUUCCACAUGAUUUUGGAAUGAAAAAACCUCCAUUGCUUGAUACACCUGAAGUUAUAAAAAUGAAAACUGAGAUGUUGGACAAUCUACUGGACAUUGAAGUGGCGUGCAGUUUAUUGAAAGGCGGUGAUGAAGGAGCCAAUCCUAUUUAUGCGCAUUACAAGAAACUCAAAUGUUCCAUGGAUCCAAUGAAGAAAAAGAGCGACAUGUAUGAUAGAUUGGUGAAAUACGUUGAAAAUACCCAUGCUGCAACCCACAAUCAGUACUCACUUCAAGUUGAAGAUAUAUUUGAAAUCAAAAGAGAAGGCGAAGAAGAAAAAUACCAACCAUUUGAAGAUCUUCACAAUCGACAGUUAUUAUGGCAUGGUUCACGAACGACGAAUUACGCUGGUAUUUUAUCACAAGGGUUGCGUAUCGCCCCGCCAGAAGCUCCUGUCACGGGUUAUAUGUUCGGUAAAGGUGUUUAUUUUGCCGAUAUGGUUUCAAAAAGUGCCAAUUAUUGUCAGGCUAGUAAAACUGAUAGUACAGCCUACAUGCUGUUAUGUGAGGUGGCUCUGGGUAAUCCCCACGAACUUCUCGCCAGUAGCUAUGUUACAUCACUACCAAAAGGAAAGCAUUCAACUAAAGGUUGUGGUAUGACAGUACCUGAUGAGAAGGGGGCGUACAUUACCGAGGAUGGUGUGAAAAUUCAUGGUAAAGGAACAAAUGCUACGAUUGGUCGAUCUAGUUUGCUAUAUAAUGAAUAUAUUGUCUAUGACACGGCACAGAUUAAAAUGAAGUACAUGCUAAAGAUGAAAUUUAAUUUUAAUUGGUGA